CAUUUUAGGUUUCCAUCAUUGUCCGACUCCGACUGUACCUUCUUUUCCUCAAAUAAUUACACUCCGUCAAUGUUUUGGUUGCACUGCUGGUAACCACAUGUUUGUCACCUCCCUCCUUUUUCUUUGUUUGUAUGUAACACAGCCGUCAGGUUUGAAUGAAAGGGUACUGCAGGUGAAGUAGUAGAGGCCGCGAGAGGAGCCGGCCUCCGCCAUGAAGGUCCUCCGCAUCAGCGACGGCGACGAGGCGCUCUUCGGCAGCGAGUUCCUGCCGGACCACUUCAAGUUCUACCUGCAGCACGGCGACGCCUUCCAGUGCAUGUGGAAGGAGCAGGGUCCCGGGUUUUGGGUGAGGUUCGUCAUCUCUCUUCGCAACUUCAUGAUGCUGCACAAGAAAUUCGUCAUAAAUGUGAAUGAAAACGAAAUUCUUAAGAGUAAAAUCAUCAAAGGCUGUGAAGAUGCAUAUUGUAAAAUUAUUGAUGACUUUACAGCAAAAUCAUGUUCUGCCCUUAAGACGUUUCUUGCGAAUGUAGCAACAGUAGCUGAAAAUAAGCAUAACUUGGUCAAAAUUUCACAUAAGUAUCUGGUUCACGAUCCUUUCUACAGCAAGUUGUCUCGUGUAGCAUUCAGGGAGUUAUUCGGUGACCCAACAUCAAAGGAAACUUUUAUAACGAUGUGCGACAAAAUGAUGGUGUAUCUUCACGCGGCGGGCUCUGUGUGCGUGCUUCUGAAGCGUUGGACCGUGGCCAAGGAAGAAACGUCGCACGUAAAGAACAUCUCCUGGAAGCCACCUGACAGCUGGAACAACAUGACCAUGCUCUGUGGUUUCGAAAUGCAUCUGCAUCGCAAGUUUGGAGAAAAACUAUUCGAAUUAAUUGGAUUGAACAAACAGUAUGACUGGGUGGCUAAAGUGGGAGCGACAGAGGCGGAGCUGAAGAAGCGGGUGGUGCGGCACAUGGCCAGCGGCAGCAAGAAGCUGCUGCCGUGGAAGCCGCUGGACCGGGAGUGGACCCAGAAGAAGCUGGCCGGCCGCGACGUGCGCCUGCACCUGACCAAGCUCGUGUGGUCCGCCCACUGGCUCUCGCUCUCCGACUUCUCUCCGCUCUGGGUUGAUACAGGAGAGAACGUGUUUCAAGAGAACAGUCGGGAUCAGUGUUCUGUUCAGAUCAGUGUGGCCAUGUACAACCAUGUGUUCGGUCCCAAAUUUUUCACUUUACUUUUCAAGCAGUUCAAUCAAUUAAAAACUCAACUGGAUGAUGGAACACUUAAGGAAUUGGAACACUACCAAUGGCUCGGAAAAAAAUGUGGACUUUCUAAGACCAAAUGGAAUGAAAUAAUUCAUAGCCACCAAGUACUGCAGAAAAUCAUACCAGUUUUUCGAACUAAAACUGAGGAAAUGCUUAAAUUUAUGGAGAUUAGCGAAAAUUGCUCCCUCCCUGUUUUGGAUGAAGACAUGUACGCAACGCUGGCAGCGUGGAAUCUUCCCUUGGCGAAGGACUAUUUUGAUAAUGCACUCUGCUGGAUAGCAUGCCUGGAGGAGCUGGUGUCGCCGCUGGCCGUGUUCCCCGUGCUGCGCGAGCUGCAGCAGCCCCUGGAGCGUGCCCUGGCCGUGCUGCGGCAGGGCAAGUUCUGCGCGCAGGUGGGCGUCGUGUACGUGGACGAACUCGAGCACCUCUACGGGAAAGGGGACUCCACUUGGCUCAGCCUGGUGGAGCACCACGAGACUAUUCAGGAUGUGGUGCUGAGGCUGUGGCUGGGCGACUGGUUGCCGGAACUAUUGGACUCCCUGCAGGAGCUGGUGGACGCUGCCUGGUCCAAGCACGAGCUCAAGGACGGCAUCACCAGCAGCCCCAACAGGCAGCGCAUCUUCCCCAAGUUCUCCAACCUCGACGCCUUUCCCAGCGUCGAGCUUUUAUUUAUCGACAACCCCCGACAUUUUGCAUAUUGGAUACCGGCAGUACCUGAACUUGACAAACAGAAUAAUAACUUCACUAAAGUCCGAGCGGUGUGGAAGGAGUUCUGCAGCAAGGUAGAAAGAGGCAAGCACAGUGCUAGUUGGAACGUGAAGGUCAAGGAAUGGAGUAGCUUCAAUAAAGAACUAACGAGUGAAGAGAAAAUAAUGUUCGAGCGUAUGAAUUGGAAACCAGCAAGUAUUCAAGAGUUUGUAGAUGACGUGAAAGAAGCGCUUGGUAUGAUACGAGAAGAUGGUCAUCUUGCAUAUGAUAUAUUUUCGAAAACUAAUGAGUGGCUUAAAUCUGUUGUUCUUUUGAACAAGUCAAACAAAUCUAGUCCAGUUUUAGAAAAAAUGAUGGAAGAUCUAAAUUUCUUUCAUCAGCAUGGGUGUUUGUACAUGAUGUGUAAGAGUGCUGUUACUGCCAUUGAGAGAGUGAGUGUGAAACGGGCCAUGUUCGUGUCGCAGCUGUGCCAACAAGCCACCAGACAGAUGGCGGUGUCGUCCAGCAAGGUCGUGUGUCUGGCUCAGGUCAUAGUUGCAGAAAAAGAAAAAUUGGUACCGUGCCCUUCAAAAAAUUGGUUUGAUAAAAUCUCGUCAUUUCUGUUGGACUUUGUGAUGGAAACGUCUAGUGGUAACUUGAAGCAGGUAAAUGCCAAACUGGACAAACUUAGCAAACAGUUUUGGGACAAAAAGGUGUUGCAACAUUCUGAUGAGGAUGAUAAUGUAAAUAAUGAUAAUAUCAUCGAUAAUGAUUCUGCAAAUAAAAUCUACCAUCAAGAUGAUGGCUCGAAAAAGAAAAUAAACUGUGAAAAUGAUGCUGAGUCGACAAAGCAAAUAAACUCUCAUAAGAAUAAUCACUCAACUGAUAUAAUGAAUUCUCAAGAAAAUGGUAACACUACUAAUACUCUGAAGUUUCAAGAAAUGAAUAGCUCAAAAACUAAAAUUAAGGGCUCCGUAUAUAAAGAUGAUGAAACAUUAACAAAAUUAAAAAUGUCACUAGAUAACGAUAAGAUCAAAAUUUCUCAAAGUAGUGUGAAUGCAACAAAUAAAAGUCUAAUCUUUGUAGACAGUUCUGACUCGACAGGAAUUAAUAAUAAAGAUAAUGACGCUCGUAGAGAUAGAGCAACGCAAGUGGAAUCAAUUGCAGUGAGUUGGGAUGAUGCUCAGUACGAGUUAUCCUGUAAGUGGCAGGAGCUCGUCAAGAAGGCAGUGAGCCACUGCUACCAACUGUCCGCAGCAUAUCGCCAGCAGGGCAGAGAUGUGUCUCACCAGCAGUUCCCACACUGGCACACUCUCUUGUGGUUCAUGCGUGAGGAGAUCAGCUACUCCGGAGCGUGCGUGGAUUUCAAGGACGAUGUUGGCGACACGGAGGAGUUGUUCAAGAAGGAGCUGAUGGGUCGCCGCCUGGCGUGGAUGGAGGCAGAGGUGGAGAAAUGGUGUGCAGAUUCGUCGCUGAGGAAGGGACUAGACCAGCUGUCUGCUGCCCCGGCAGACAGCGCCGGCGUGAUGCAGCUUCACGCGUCCGCUCGCGUGCGCGUCCUGUUCUCAGACGUCAUCAUCAGGUCCUUCGUGGCGAGCAAGCUGGGGACACUAACCUUCGCCUUCGACACCAUCAGACAUGCCACCAUUGACUUGGUGAACCACUGGAGUUUCUUCAUGCUCAAUCUUGUGACCAACGAUCCUGAGUUCUGGAGAGACAUGUCUGUGCUCAUGACCAACUUCACUGCGUUCUUGGAAAUAUUUGCGGACUACACGGACACGUACCGGGACCACAUGGUUGGCAAGGAAGGAGUUAAUUUUUACGAGACGUGGGAUUUGAAUAAGCCGUGGGUGCCUGACUCCGCUGAUCACUACAGGGUUGCCAUAUUGGCACUCCUGCGCUUCAACCUCGUCAGUUUUUACAUUUUUAUUACGAGCGAGCUUCCUCUUCUAGUUAAUCUCCAUAUCGAUCUUUUUACUCAAGUGUUGGAUGACAUAGCAAAGUUUUUCUUCUGUUUCGCAAGCAACAAGUUUUUGUACGAAGUGAUGCCAGGGGGGAUGGCAGAGGCUAAAACCCAGCUGGAGUCUCUGUGGCAGGAGACUAAAAUCUUGCAACCUCCAAACAAGAUCGACAUGCAAAUGCUGUCGCAGCUCCCAGAAGUCAUACUGGGCGACAAGUCCUGGAGGUCGCUGAUAGAGAGCUACCUGAACGGUCGCUUCGAUGCCAUCGCCACGAAGCUCUCGCUGUCUGGCACCAAGUCCGCCGCUCCCAGCCAGGGCAACGCCGCAACGAAAGCUGCGAGCAAGAGCAAGAAGAAGCAGAGCGCAGCGAGACCGGAGAGCAGAGACGAGGUGAGCGUCUCGGUGGUGCAGUGGGACGAGGCGGCCAACAACCUGGUGAUGAAGAGCAUCACGGUGAGCCGCUGGAGCGGCGCGGAUGCCCCGUGCGACGGCGCGAAGGCCAAGGGCCUUGCCAACGGCGCGCCGCCUCAGAGGGCCUCUUCCAUCGCAAACAACACCGGCGGUCUGCCCCAGAGCACAGCUGCCGUUAAAGUGAAACCACUGCGUUGCUGUGCGUACUGCAAGACGGUGGAGCCCAGCCCGCGAGCGUACAUGAAGUGUGCCCUGUGCAAGCAACACAACUUCCGGCCGCCCAUGUUCUACUGCGGGCAGGAGUGUCACGCCAAGCACUGGACAGAAGGGCAUGGUGCUCAGCACGCUGCCUUCACUGCUGCCAACUGAAGAUGCCACAUUCCUUGCCAGCCCAGUACUGUAAUCUAGUAUUAAAUAUUCUUGAGCCUGUUCGUUGGAACAGUUAAUAGUGCAAGUUGAGUUGUGCAUUUUAUGUACUUGUGUUUUCCAAGCAUUGAAUUUAUCAGUGCAGUUAACAGGACUGUUUUCUAAGUGUUACAUUAGUGGCUCAAAAAAUUCCAACAAUAUUUUUUAUAUCUUAUAUGUGUAUUUUUUAAUAAUAAAUUGUAAAUAAUUUUUGAAA